CCAAGCGAGCUUCGCAAGCCCUCAACAUACUUGGUGGAGAACUCUUUUGAAGAAUCACUGCAAUUGUGAGUGGAACUUUGUUUUUGUUAGCAUGCCUUUCCGUUGCAAGCUAGUUUAGUCCUGUAGUUUUCUUUGCUUUUGAUAAUGCUCGAACUUGCGUAAGACGUAGUUUAUUUUCAGUAUACGUGUCGAUUAGUUUGUGAAUUAGUUAUGGCUGCUACGAGUCAAUUUCAAAGUUCGGUUUUCUUUUGAUGUGUUUGUCGCUUUUCCCGUUUAUGAGUGUCGUUUUUUAUUUUAUUGCCUUCGUUUUUGAGUCUUUGGAAAAUUUGGCUUAUGUUGAACUUUUCCACUUGUCAUCCUGAUUACUAGGCAGAGAGCGCGAACCCUGGCUCAGGGGGCCGUUCGCCAGGAAAAUUUGGCUGUGAAUUCAGGUUCGAAUGAGUGGCCUGCCCCUCCUCCACCCGUUCAGCAGUCUAGAGAACCGUUGUUCCGUUCAUUUCUAAGGUCAAUUAAUAGAUCACUUAGGGCUGAAGCACAAGCACAGGCGUUAAGUGCAAUUCCGACCCCCAGUGAAUGCUCUCUAGUUUCUUUUUGUACUAGCGACCACGAGUCCGACUCUGAAGAAGAAAUUAUUUAUGAAAACGUAGAGCCCAGAGAUAAUUGUCCUAGUCGUGAAAGUAUAAGUGAAGAUUCAAUUCAGGAACCGCAUAAUUCAUUUGUUGAUAGUUCUUUAGAGUCAGAUCGGUUGUCUCUUUCACCA